AACUACAUUUCCCAGAAUGCUGCGGGAGGGGGGCUCUCAGUUUGCUUCAGAGUUGUGCGGGAAGGGUCGCGGCGUGGGCGUCUCCCAAAAGGCACGAAGAGCCGGGAAGGGAGGGAGGGAGGAGGAGGCUUGCUUGGGGAAACCAGCCUCUCAUUAGCAUGGAGGGAGGGAGGGAGGCGGAGGGCGCCUUUUCCUCGGCGCAAAGCGCUCCCUUCGCCCCGGAGCCAUGGCCAGCGCGCCCGUCCUCCUGCUCUGCCUCGCGGUGGGCGCCUCCCUCGCCUCAGUGCCUUAUCCUGGAAAGUCCACCCAAUCAUUCAGCAAAGAUGCAUUUGGGCUAGUGAACUCUUUGGCUGGCCAAAGUAAGUCUAUCUCCAGAGACGGCAACAGCAUCAGCAGGGAUGAGCCCAUGGAAGGCCAGCUCUUGCCUCCAGCUGCCAAUCAAAAAUUGAAAGAUGCAAAAACACACUUGCAGCCCUUGGAUAAAAGGAAGAAGAUCAAAAAUUCAGUAGAGAACUACACCGGUGUAAGGAAGCAGCCUGUUUCACAAACCAAAGCCCUUCCUUCUGGCAGCCAUGAGGACACCCCUUCCACUUCUUCCUUCAUCCAGACCAACCGAAUACAUACAAAUAGGUUUCAGCUGGAGGCCACCAAUAGCAUCUCUGCCCACUUUCAUCCAUCAGUGUAUCUCCAUCAUGAUAGAUUUCUGGCAGAAGCAACAACAUCCAAAAAUGUUGAACCUGGCACUGGGCAACAGUCUGGUGGCUUGGAUCACCUAAACCGACCUGGCAAGGUAAACCUCAACUCCAAACUCAACACUUCCUUCAGAAAUGCUACUAAGCCCUCCUGGCUACAGAGCUGGCUACCUCACUUCAGUUUCUUAAAGAAUGCUGCAGAUAGUACCGAAAUGUGCCUGAAUGACUGCAGGAGGGAGCAUGAGGAGAUGGAGUCCUACUGUAGUAAUGAAUUCGUGGUUAAUGGGAUUGUUCAUGAUAUUACCACGAUACAUGAAGGAACGUGUUUGGUGACACUGUUGGUAAACAGUAACGGACUAUACAAGACAAAUCGCCUGUACCUCAACCCUGAUGGCUUCUUCUUCCGAGUUCACAUGCUAGUUGUGGAUGCCUUGAACUGCAGCAAACCCUGUCCAGACUUCAGACUCGGCAGCAGAUACAUCGUGAUGGGCCAGCUCUACCACAGGAGGCGGCAACUUCCUACAGUUCUGCAAGAGCCUGUGAGAGGACGCUUGAGGCCAGGAGAUGGCCUGCUUUGGAGGGGCAGGAGCUAUGUGAAAAGGUUCAACCGAAGGAGAAACCUGAAAGUUCAAAGGGCAGUACACACCAAAUGUGGAUGAGGAUGCAUCACAGACACAGGUCUUCCAAGGUGCAGGGAGGUUGGACUGAUGCUGGAUGAAGAAAAGCUUGGUUUUCGCCUAAAGUUCAGAGGAAGAGGUCUCCAGAGGGAGAAAGGGAAACACUGUUACUGAAGCACCAGCAGCCAUUGGCUUCCACUACCUAUUAGCUGACCCACAUAAAAUUACAAUAGACUAUUUGGGUUUCAAGCCACACCUAUUGCUAUUCUGUAUCUGCUUUUAGCACAGCAUUAAUAUAUGCCGGAAUAGUUAAGCUGGAUUCCAUAGUUGCACAACUUCUAAUAGCCUUGUCCUCCAGGAGCAGCAAGGAUCACUUUGGAUACAAAAGAGGAGAUGGAGGAAGAGAUGUCUGCUUAUGGAAUCGGGCUUUUCCCCUUCUUCCCUCUCUUUGUGACCUUUCAGAAAGCCUUCCUGCUCUGCUGGGGAAGAUGCAAAUGGAGUGUGGUCCAGAGGCCAGAAUGAGAAUGGGGUUCAUAGAAGUUAGGGAUAUUACACAAACCAUGUCAUCAUUUACUUUUGACUAUCUACAGAAGCCAUUUUUGUUGUAGAUGUCUGCCAACGCUAUAUGCACACAGAUCGGAUUGUCUAUUUCAAAUACUCUUGAGCUAAGCAAAAUAUUAUGUGUUAUUAUAGUUCUCCAGUUCUACAUUCUUUCUUUGGGAUUUCUCAAACAAAUCAUGUACCAAAUAUUUACAUGUUCUAUUCACUUUGACUAACAGAACUGCAUAAAUACAAUUUAUCUUUCAUAGAAAUCAAUAACAUAUUUAAUAUAUUUUCUUGGUAGUGCUUUAAGAGAGUGUUUGGCUCAGACAGUGGUUUGACUAGACUAAUUAAUACUAGAUGUUCAUUUUGUAUGACGGCAACAUCUAAAAAAAUGCUGUUAUCACCAUGACAAUCAGGAAAUAAAUAAUGAAUAGGGGUUAUUGUUACCAGGAUGGAUACAUAUGGGAACAGGGCAAAUACAGUAUAUAUAACUGGGGAGAAAUGCAGUGCUACAGCUCAAAGCAAAUGAAUGGACGCACAACCAAAUUUUAAUUUUGGACAAGAAUAAUAAUGCCAUAGAGAGUUUGCUUAAUGAGACAUGGAGAGGGAAUGGAAGAAUUCAUUAGCAUGCCUUGCCAUUUGAAACUGUUAAAUACUCGGAUGCAAGCCAUGGCUGGAAUCUUGUAUCAAGCCUGUAAAAUUAGUGGCAGCACAUUAUUCAGGAACAUCUCUACUAGAGGUUUUGUGAAAUCACAUAUGUUCUAAGGGAAGGAAGGGAACUGUGACUGAUGUGGAGAAAUGGCACACUUACAAUAAAGAUGUCAGAGUUGAACAUUUUCCAAGAUAUUUUGAAUGAAGGCACUUUGUCAGAAGGGGCAUUUCCUGGCAGUAGUUCAGUCCAAGAGGAAGAGGAGGAUGGGAGGGAGGGCAGCUUGCCUACAACUCUUCCCCACAUUUAUUUCUCCGGAUUCUGUCCUAUAUUUAACUCUGAUCUGAAUGCCACAGAUAGACUUUUUCAUUACAGAUUGGCAGUUGUAGCGGCACUGUUUUUUUCAUAAUCUUGUUUUCUAGGGGAAACCAGCAUCCUCAUGAAGUAUGUCAUUUGGCAAAGACUUUUAUAGGAUUAAAAUAACCAAGACAGAUUGUAAUGAAUAUGUUGGUUGGAUUUGAUAUCUUGAUUUGGUGUAUACAUUUAAGUUCCUACAACAAGCGACUAAAUUAACAUUAGAUUUACAAGAAUAAUUAUGAGGGUAAAUGAAAGAAGAGAUACUAAAUUUUAUUUAAUUGGCAAGAUGGGAAAAUAAAAUUGAGAAAUCAAUGGGCAUAAUUGAAAGAGUUUUGAGUUCCUGCCUCUGAUGCAGGUGCACAAUGUGAUUGUGGAUGUCUUCUCUGCAGCAUCCAGAGAAAUCCCAUGUUGCCAAACUAUUACUGCUGUAGGAACUUUUAAUCCCCUUUUGCUGAAGACGGCAUCCCAGCGAAUCCUCCAAUCUUAAACUCUGUAUGAUAUUUACUGAGGAUUGGUGAAAACAAGCUUUCUCCUUCUUCAGGAACAAAACGGAAAGCUUGACAUUGAAAAAUUGAGCUAAGUAUAUUGCUUUUGUUGAAUCCUCUUGAAUUUCUAUCCUAUUUUCCUGUACAAACUUGUCAAAAGCAAAGAAAUAAAAAGGUUGCUCUUUCCAACA